AUGGGUAAAGUUCAACUUCAUGUCUGCAUUGUCGGUGCAGGGCUUGGAGGAUUGGCUGCUGCAAUUUCAAUUGCCAGGACUGGCCACAAAGUGACGAUUCUGGAACAGGCCCCGGCCUUGGGAGAGGUCGGCGCAGGCAUUCAGAUCCCACCCAACAGCACUCGUAUUCUGUCUCGCUGGGGCCUCCUCCCAGCCAUUGAGAAGGUGUCGGUGCGCCCACAAAACUUCAUCUUGCGCUCCUACCGCGAUGGCAAGGUCUUGUCCAACCAGCCUCUCGUCUCCCACUGCGAAUCCGUCUAUGGGUAUCCUUACCUCCACAUCCACCGCGCCGACUACCACAAGAUCCUCGUCGAGGAAGCAGAGCGUCAGGGCGUUGAAAUUCUCCUGGACAGCUUCGUGACGGGCAUCGAUUUCAACCUCCCAGCCGUGCACAUAAAGAACCGGUCCGAGCCCUUUCCCGCAGAUCUCAUUAUCGGUGCAGACGGGCUCAAAUCCGUCUGUCGAGAAGCACUCCUUGGACGUCCCGAUCCGCCUCAUCUCACUGGGGAUCUGGCUUACCGGAUCGUCGUCCCCGCCGAGGCGAUGAAGUCUCACCCCCUGCUCCGCGACCUCGUCGCAGUGCCCAACAUCAAUUACUGGAUGGGUCCCGACUCCCAUGUGGUUUCGUACCUCCUGAAGGGUGGAAACCUAUACAACAUCGUGAUUGCGUGCCCGGACAACCUGCCCGAGUUCAUCAACCAGCAAAAGGCUGACCUGAAUGAGAUGCACGCUCUCUUUACGAACUGGGAUCCGCAGCUGCGAGCGUUGCUGGAGCUAUGCAAGGACACGAGCAAAUGGCGCCUGCAGAAUUCGCUUGAGAUGCCCACCUGGAGCCACCCGAGCGGCCAUUUCACCCUGCUGGGCGAUGCCUGCCACGCCACCCUGCCGUACCUCGCCCAGGGCGCCGCGCAGGCCGUCGAGGACGGCGCCGUGCUGGGCCACCUGUUCGAGAAGAUCGAGUCCCGGUCGCAGGUUCCCGACCUGCUGACCAUCUACGAGAGCGUGCGCAAGCCCCGCACCACGCGCGUGGUCAGCGGCGCGUCGCAGGCCGGCCGAGACAUCUUCCACCUCCACGACGGGCCGCGCCAGCGCGAGCGCGACCGCCAGCUGCUCGCGUGGCAGGACGAACCCUUCGAGGGCUACCAGAACCGCUGGCGCGACCCCGUCUUCCAGAAGUUCCUGUUCGGUUAUGACUGCCAGGAGGUCGUCGACGACGCCUGGGCCCGCUACCUGCAGGGCCGCUACCCCGGGACCAUGGGCCGGUUUGCGCCCGGUGCGCAUGCGGAUGCGGAUACCGAGGCCGAAGAUGCCGCUCGCGAGCUGGACGAGUUGAGGCGGGCCCAGAGGACGCUCAGUGGCACCACGGUGGCCGAUGCAGACCAGGCGAGACUGUAA